AUGGCUAUCUCUUCGUUCCUUAUUGCCAUAAUCCUUCUCCUCAUUGGCUAUAUUGUGCAUCGUGUGCGGGAGCACUAUAACUAUUGGAAACGUCGUGAUAUAGCUCACGAUCCACCCCAUUGGUUAUUGGGCAAUUUUAUAGGGGUUACCGCCAAUCUUUCACUUGGCGAAUGUGUGCGGAAGGUAUAUGACAAAUAUAAGAAUACGGGUCCAUUCUUUGGAUUCUAUUGGUUUGCCCAAAAGGCGGUUGUGGUCAACGAUCCGGAUCUUAUAAAACGGAUUUUAAUUAAAGACUUCUGGAAAUUCAGUUCUCGUGGUAUGUAUCACAAUACCGAAGAUGAUCCAUUGUCGGGUCAAUUAUUCAACUUGGAUGGUGGUAAAUGGAAAAAUAUGCGGGUCCAAUUGACACCGGCGUUCACAUCGGGAAAAAUGAAAUUAAUGUUCCCGUUAAUGGAGAAAAUCGGGCAAGAAGUGGCCAAGGUGUUCGGGGAGGAGUUAGAACACAGCGAUGUUAUUGAGGUGUGGGAUGUUAUGGCCCGCUAUACAUCCGAUGUCAUUGGUAGCUGUGCCUUUGGCAUUGAAACGAACAGCUUGAAAAAUUCCAAAUCGGAAUUUCGUCAAAUGGGUCGCAAGGCAAUGGUGGAAGUGCGGGGUGGUACCUUGGGUGCGGCAUUUCGUUUAAAUUUCCCCCAGCUGGCAAGGAGGCUACAUCUCAAGGAAACCGUACCGGAGGUGGAAAAAUAUUUCCUAGAACUGAUAGGCAGUACUGUGAAAUAUCGUGAGGAGAAUAAUAUUCGGCGUAAUGAUUUUAUGGAUAUGUUAAUUGAUUUGAAAAAUAAGCCUAUGGUAAAAUCGGAGAGUGGAGAGGAAUUGAAGCAGUUGAAUUUUGGUGAGAUUGCGGCCCAGGCAUUUUUGUAUUUGUUGGCGGGUUAUGAGACCUCGGCAUCGACAUUGGCAUUUACACUUUACGAAUUGGCUUGUCACGAAGAUAUACAGGAGAGGGUGCGUUCGGAAAUCAUGGAAGUUUUGGAUAAACAUGGACAGCAAUUGACCUAUGAGGGGAUGAAGGAAUGUGUGUAUUUGGAGCAGGUGAUAAAUGAGACCCUAAGGCUCCACUCAAUUGCCCCCUUCUUGAAUCGCGUGGCCCAGGAAGAUUACCCCAUACCGGAUCAGCCAAAAUUCAUAAUACGUAAAGGUAUGACCGUUAUCAUACCCAUCGAAGGUAUACAGCAUGAUGAACGCUAUUUCCCCCAACCAAUGGAAUUUAAUCCGGAUAAUUUUUCUGCCGAACGAAUGGCACAACGUGAUUCGAUAUUACACAUCCCAUUUGGGGAGGGUCCACGUAAUUGUAUUGGUAUACGAUUUGCUAGAAUGCAAGUUAUUAUCGGAUUGGUAUUGAUUUUAAAGAAUUUUAAAUUUUCCAUUAGCGACGAAACACCCAGACCUAUGGAAUAUAGUAAACAGGGUAUUAUAUUGGUACCAGGGGCCAAAGGUAUUCCGCUAAAGGUGAAGAGAGUGUAA